AUGAACCAGGAGGCAGCAGAAGAAAGGAGAAAAGAAGGAGAAGAAGAAGAAGAAGAAGAAGCAAUACAUACACCUCCGGAUCGUACGGAGGUCUCCGCACUCCCCAUAGCGUUACAGAGAGAAAUAUCAGAGUAG